CUGUCAGUGCUGCUGUGUGUUUAUGGUUUACACCUACAUGGAGGAGGUCCACAUACAGUAGGAACCACAGUCGGUGGAGCAAUUCUUAUUUUUUACAUAAUGUAUCAGACCGAUUCUACUGUGUUCCUAUAACGAACUCUAAAGCAAAUACAUUUGCAUUUUUUAAGUGAUUACUAGUCAUAGGAUAGGGGGGUGUGAGGAAAUUUGCAGACAGCCAUGGCAACUGCAACGGUGGUGGAGGCUGACCCAUCUACGACCGAAGGCUGUGCCGCGAUGUCUGAUGCCCAAAACAUUGGAUGGAACGAGUCUCAGCUCCGAAAGUAUUCUUUUCAAACAAAGCCCAUACCGAGACUCUCUCACACGGAUCCCCGAGCCGAAAUGCUUAUAAAUAACGAGGAACCCGUGGUUCUAACGGACACAAACCUCGUCUAUCCAGCACUGAAAUGGGACAUUCAGUACCUGCAAGAGAACAUUGGGAAUGGGGAUUUCUCUGUUUACACGGCAGAAAACCACAAAUUCCUCUACUAUGACGAGAAAAAGAUGGCCAACGUUGAGAAUUUCAUGCCGAAAUCGAGACGAAUGGAAAUGAAGUUCCCAGAGUUUGUGGAUAAAAUGCAUGAAACGGAGGAAGCGGAGGGGGAAGAGAGGGUCUAUCUGCAGCAGACCCUGAACGACACGGUGGGCCGGAAGAUCGUGGUGGACUUCCUGGGGUUCAACUGGAACUGGAUUAACAAGCAGCAGGCCAAGAGGAACUGGGGACAGCUGACCUCCAACCUGCUGCUCAUAGGCAUGGAGGGCAACGUGACGCCGGCACAUUAUGACGAGCAGCAGAACUUCUUUGCGCAGAUCAAAGGCCACAAAAGAUGUAUCCUCUUCCACCCGGACCAGUUCGAGUGUCUGUAUCCGUACCCAGUCCACCACCCCUGUGACCGGCAGAGCCAGGUGGAUUUUGAUAACCCAGACUACGAGAGGUUUCCAAAUUUCAGGAACUUGGUGGGCUAUGAGACGGUGGUGGGGCCGGGAGAUGUGCUGUACAUCCCCAUGUAUUGGUGGCAUCAUAUCGAGUCCUUGCUGGAUGGGGGAGAGACCAUAACUGUCAACUUCUGGUACAAGGGAGCGCUGACGCCCAAAAGGAUAGAGUACCCGCUGCGAGCUCACCAGAAAGUCGCCAUCAUGAGGAACAUCGAGAAGAUGCUUGGAGAGGCCCUGGGAGAUCCACGAGAAGUUGGACCCUUACUGAACCUGAUGAGGAGGGGACGUUACGACCAGGGCUCAAGUUAGGACGACGCAUUACAGAAACGCUUUUCAGACUGCUGCUGAAAAUGUUUGGGGUGAAAGAGAACAAUUGUGUGUGUGUGUGUGUGUGUGUGUGUGUGUGUGUGUGUGUGUGUGCGCACACGCGCACGCGUGUGUUUGAGAAAGAAGGUUUUUUUUGCACCUCUGGUGCAUUCUUAACAUUGAAGCUACCACUGCAUGGCAAUAGGACGCCUCCCUCACACCACGUUGAAACCACUGGACUUGGUCUGCCUGCCGUAGGACAACAGGACACACCCUUUGGACAUUCGGGUCUGUUUUCAGAACACCAAGGCUCUGACUCAGCACGUUUUCAGUACAGGCCAGGCCUUUUGCGUGAGUCAGUAUAUGCUUUGAGAAAAGACCCACUCCUGACUGAAGCAUGCCAAAUUGGACUGAAUGAAUAUCCUGUUUACCUCACCACUAACACUUCAAGGUGAAGGUCGGAUGCUGGGUGGUCUGAUUGAUAGUAGUGUUGAUUGAUGAUUGAAGUGUUUUGUUUUGAGGCACCUUUUUAUUUGAACGCGUUUGACCACGAUUGGUUUGUAGCUGAUUUGGAGUUCAUUAGGUGAGAUGGAAAUUUUUGAGGUUUGUUCCACAUGUCUUUAAUCGCAAUGUAUUCCUUAAGCUGAGGGUGUUUGAACUGCACUUCUAAUAUGUACAUUCGCAAGGUGUGUGUGUUUGUGUGUGUGUAUGUAAAAGUGGCAGUCCUUUUCAUGAUUUUGUGAAUACUAAUUUAUUUGACAAUGACUGCUUGAAAGACAUCUUCUCUGUAUGUAGGGCUUCCAAUUAUCUUUUUAUUUUGUAAAUAAUUAUUUUUUGGAGUGCUAGGCCAAGGAAAAAAACUUGACUAUUGAUUUUCAGUGGUUGGCUUGUUUAUGCCUUUUUGGUUUAUAUUUCUAAGAGCGUUCAUUGACUCAUUGUGUUAACUUUCAUUUUAGUUUGCUUUUGGUACACAGAAUUGAAUCUGUUGAAUUGCAAAUUCAGCCCCAUUCUUCAAAAUUUAAAUAGAGCUAAUAUUGAGUUGACCACCUAUUUGGAAUGGUGGGGGUGAGUCCUCGGUGAAGCCAUCGCCCAUAUAUUCCCCAUAGCCUCUCGCUUCUUUUGACAUAGUGAUCCAGUUUUCUUAUCUCUUUAAAGGGUUCUGGCGGAGUCUGAGAACGUUGAUUGGUCUGCGUAUCAACAUCAGUAAAGAGCUUUAGAUUUUAUUUUAGAAUAGUUAUUACAAAAACUUGAAACAAGUUAUAUCAAGAUAUUGGUUGACAGAUAUUUGAUAUUUGUCUUUGCCAAUGAUGUUCAGCUCUAGUCACAAAGUAAUUACUUGAGAUAUUUUGUUUAGUAGAUGUCCAACAUAGACUAAACAGGUACAGAAGUAAGUUGCAUAUAUAUAUAAUGUAUAUGGAGCAUGACUACCAACAAAGCUAAAAAGUUGUUUCAAACUAUUGACUGCUUCGUUCUUCGUGGUUUUGAAUGCGGUAGCAUUGAUUCCCAGAAUGCCAGAUUUGUCAAUACAUAGGCUCGCAACAUUUGAGAAUACAAAUUAAUCAAAACUCUCAAAAAAAACGUAUUUACAGUUUUGAUAGUAACCAUGAGUGUCCUUAUGCGUCCUAGAUACAUUUAGAGCUCUCUAAAAUAAAAGGACUGAAACGUGUAUGGUAGGAGAUCAUUUACAUAUGUGCCAAACUGAUUGUACUGACUAUUUAGAAAGCUGUUCCUCUAUGUUACCCUGGUUGCACUUCGUUUUCAAGGCAGGUUUACUAGACCAAUAUUUAACUUACUGAGUCUACUUUACAAAAUAAAUCAAGUUGUCAAAUGAAGAAAAAAGGAAAUAAGCUUUAUCGUUAUCAAAGUGAGGAAAGUACCUCAAUAUACUCUUGUGGAUGGACGGAACUACUGUUUUGGAAUAUUGUGUUUACCUUGUUCCUCAAUAAACUUCCUCAAUACCAAGCA